AUGAAGGUUUUCAUUGGGUUUUUGCUGUUCGCCUUUGCAACUGCUGAUAUCUAUAAGUGGGUCGGCCUUCCCGAACAGAAUUUUAAACUGCUUGAUAACUUGCUGAACGAUGAAAAAUUCGCAAGCAAAGAAUCGCUCGAGUCAUUAAAGCCUGGCCUUGGAAAUCUGCGCAUGAGCGACGAUGGCGAGGAGAAAGAGGGAAGUGGAGAAGGGUCAGGGGAACCAGAAGGCUCUGGAGCUGGGAAACCACCUCCAUUUAAAGAAACCAUCGAGGAUUUAGUUGAAUCGCUUCAUACUAUCAUACCAGCUUUGAAAAUACUGAAGGAGGCAAGGGACAAAAAAAAUCACGAGUAUGCACAGGAGCUUGUAAAAGCGAUCAAGAAUGGGGCAGAUGAUGAAUCCAUCAAAAAACUUUUGGGAUAUCAUGUAAUGAAACUGCACGAACGCUGUCAUCUCCUCAAACUGGCGUUUGCCCGCCAUGCAAAUCAAUCAGGCUUAUUGGACCACCUGAGUUCGGAUGACCUGGAUUUCACCCAGAUGAUGGGGAAAGUCAUUGGAGCAGCUGAAAAAUACGGCUUUGAUGUGUUCCAAGCAUUUGUGCACAUUGUACACAUAAAAGGACUUCACAACCAUCCUGGAGCAAGGGCUAUCAUGGCAGUUGGAGGUUUGGUGGCCGAUGUAGCAUGUGAAACCAAAUUAGAUGGUCUCUUAAAUAUAGUUGGGAAAAUGAUAGAGAAGGAGGACAAGGACGGUGACUACGACCUCUCGGACAAGUUUAUUCCAUUCCUGUACAGCCAAAAGAGCAAGUUUUGCAAAGGAAGUAAAUUUAAAAUACUAUUUCCUUCUACAGGAAUGAUGAAAGCCGUAGCAGCCCAUAUGGCAAGUAAUAAGAAAGACAGAGCUUUCUUAGUCGUCGGUGACUAUGUUGUGGACAACAUGAGAAGAGCGCUUCUGAUUGGUCUUGCUGUGCAUAAAGAACUGAAGAAGGGCGAAGAGAAGAGCGAGGAGCCUGGCGAGGAGAAGGGCGAAGAGAAGAGCGAGGAGCCUGGCGAGGAGAAGAGCGAGAAACCGAUAGGUGACAAGUUGAAAAGGCUUGCCGAUUUCGUGGAGGAGGAACUGGAUCAGCUACCCGACACUCUCAAACCCGCUUCUCACCAUUAAUGAGUAAUCGUGUGAGUAAGGUAAAGUU